AUGUCUGUCAUUAUUCGUCUCCAAGGCCUGCCAUGGUCGGCCAGUGCGAUGGACAUUCGACAAUACUUUCAAGGACUCAGCAUUCCAGAUGGCGGGGUACACAUUGUUGGCGGGGACCGGGGUGAUGCGUUCAUUGCAUUUGGCUCGGAUGAAGAUGCGCGGCAAGCAAUGCUGCGUACAAAUGGCCAGAUAAACGGUCAGACAGUACAACUGUUGCUAAGCAGCAAGACAGAAAUGCAGAAUGUUAUAGCACUGGCCCGCGAGGCAGUGCCUAAUCAGGCAUACGCCAAGCAGGCCACUGUACUCCCUCCGCUCCCACCGCUGGCAACGGUGCCACCCACCAGACCCCCUAACGACCACAUGCAUCCAAUUGGUCCACCAAAUCACAGUAAUUUUGUUCCAGACAUGAGCGUACCGCCUCAGAGAAACUUAGAUUAUCCUAAUCGGAGGGAUUUUCCAAUAAUCCCUGUUGACAUGCACUCCAACACAGCCCCUCCUACUAAUGCUAUGGUUCCUGGAAUAGUCCCUUUUCCUGGACCCCAACCUGCAAACUUCCCAAACCAGCCCAAUAUACCACGAGAAAAUUACUUUGUCUCUACAGAGCAAGAUAAUAAUGCCAACCGACAAAACAUGGAAUUUCGGCCACCAGAUGGUGGCACUAAUGAUUUCCAAAACAGAAGACCAAAUUUCCCACCUGGUCAAGAUCCACAGGGAAAUGACCAAAGACGCUUUGGCAAUGCAAAUGCUGCAGGUGGGUUUGCCAACAUGAGACCUACUUUCCAGAAUUUCCCACCUCCAGAUGUUCCAAGGAAUAUUCCUAUGCCAAACACAGCCAUGCAACCUCCAGACAUGACUGUUAAACCUCCAGGAACAGACAUCCGGCCCCCAUAUUCUGCAGAACGGCGUGUUGAGGAGGAUUUUGGUGUGAAUAGAGGAAAUCUGAGACCAGACACAGGUGUCCAUCAUAUGCCACCAGUUGAUAUGAAAAGGCCUGAACUAGGACGUAUUGACUAUCAGCAGGGACCACCACGUUCUGAACCUAUGAGACAUGUUCCUUGUCCUCCUAUAGUGAAAGACAUUAUGAACAGGCCAGAUGUUCCCCGACCUAAUGAGGUUAACCGACCAGAUGUUAAACCUGAUCCAGGUCCACACAUAACUAUAGGUCGUAAUGAGCCUAACAGAUCUGAAAUAGGUCGGCAUGAACCCCCAGGAAGACCUGAUAUGGGUCGACAUGAACCUCCCAACAGACCAGACAUGGGUCGACAUGAACCUGGGAAACCAGACCUGCGACGACAAGAGCCUGUGAGACCUGACUUGGGUCGCCCAGAUGCAGGGCGAAACUAUCCCAAUAGAUCUGAUGGGGUGAGACAUGAAUCGCGAUUUGAUUCCCCUCGUCAUGAACCACCCCGACCAGAUGCACCCAGAACAGAACAUGGUCGGUCAAAUCUAGAAAGAACUGAAUCUCUCAGACAAGAGACAGCACGACUGAGUGCAAACAGAUCUGAUCCCAGUCGCCUGGGAUCUUCAGGAAGACCUGAUGCUCCAAGAACUGAAACAGCACGAACUGACUCUAGUAGAAGUGAUUUGGCCAAAACAGAUUCUGCAAGACACGAUUCAAGUCGGUCUGAUUCUGGUCGUCAUGAUUCCAAAUCUGAGUCUCGUCAUGAUUCCCGGUCUGAAUCUUCAAGCAGGUAUGAUUCUGGGAGCAGGUAUGAUUCUGGAAGACAUGACAGACAUGAUCGAAAUCGAGAUGAAGGAAGCAGAUAUGACCGACAUGAACGGAGUCGCGAUGAUGGAAGCCGUUAUGACCGCCGAGAUAACCGCAGAGAUUCCAGAUAUGAUGGACACUAUGACAGUGGGAGCCGGCAUGAAGGAAGAUAUGAUGGAGGACGAUAUGAUAGCCGACAUGAUUCUAGUAGUCGAUAUGAAUCUAGGAAUGAAUCGCGACAUGAUAGCAGCCGCGGAAGCGAUAAACCAAGAGGUGGACCGAGCUCAAGAGAAUUUGAUCGACCUGGAAGAGAUGAGCCCCAAAAGUCUGAUACAUCUGGGGCAGACCAACACACGAGUGGGGCAAGUGGUUCUCAACCAGAUUCCUACAAAAAUAUGAGCUCUGGAAAUAUGCCACCCAGACAAGGAGACCUGAACAAUGCAAGGAAAGGUCGCAUGGAUGUUGGAGGUCCGAUGAACCGUGGUGGGCACAUGAACCGAGGAGGUCCAAUGAACAGAGGUGGCAGACCUAAAAAUGAAUAUGGAGGUGAUGGCAGAAGGGAUUAUGACUAUGGUCCACCUCCACAUGAUCAAGGAUAUCCUGGUGAUGGGCAAAGAUUUGGAGAAAGGCCCCCUGUUCAUCAUGAUGGACCCCCAUUCAGUGGACCUGGCAUGAAUAAGGAGUGUGGUAUGUAUGAGGGGAAGCAGAAUAUAUAUGAAGAAAAUGAUCCAAUGGGAUUGCCUAGAGGGCUCUUAGGUGACGCUCCCCCAGGAUUCCAUGGGGUACAAGGUGAACCAAAUGAUGGCAAGUGGGAUGAAGGGUAUGGAAUGAGGGAUGACAUGAGACAUGGAGACCAGCCACGUGAGGACUACCAAGCUGAAUGGCACAAUGAAGGUAUGAACAUGAGACCUCCAUUCCCUCGGCCUGGUUCCUGGAAUGAGAUGCCUCCAAACCAACCCCCUUAUCCUAGAAAUGAUGGUCCCCCUCCGUUUGGAAGAAAUGAUCAAUAUGGAAGAUAUGAUGGCCCAAACCGAAAUGAUAGGGGCCCCCCUCCUGGACGAAUGCAUAUGGAUGACCGAAAUUAUGGGCCUCAAAAUGAAAUGAAUUAUGGCCCUGAAACUGGGAUGAGACCCGGUAAUGUGGAUGAGAAUCAAAUGAGAGGAGUAAAACGAGGUCACAGAGAAUCUGAUUUGUAUAUCGAGGUUGUGGGUUUGCCCUUUACUGUUGGUUAUAGGGACGUGCGACGUUUCUUCUCAGGUUGUGUCAUUCCACGAGACGGACUAAAAAUCAUCAACAAUGAGAAAGGGCGGCGUGCAGGAAAUGCUUUCAUUAAAUUUGCCACCAAGCAGGAUGCAGCGGAGGCAUUUAAACGCCAUGGCAACUUUUUGGGUAGCCGUUAUAUCGAAAUCUACAGUUGUACCCAAGAGGUUUUUGAAAAUGCUGUAGAUUCAUAUGUGCCCAAAAACCAACAUGGGCCCCCUCCCAACAAAAUGAUGAAGGUCGAUUCCGAUAAUGAUUCCAAGGAUGAUGUACCAUCUAACAUGAGGACACCACCCAAAGAGACUGAACCAGCCCCAACAAAAACAACCAAGGAGAUAAACUUGGCUCCUGCGUUGGAUACAAGUGGUUCUGUAUCAUCAUCAAGCGUUAUUCAACUCAAAGGCAUAACGCUUAAUGCAACGAGUGAGGAUUUGGUGAACUUCCUCAAGGAUGUUCAGAUUAAUGACCCUAGCAAUUCAAUUGUAAUUGAACAUGACUCUCGAGGCAAGAACACUGGAAUAGCUUACAUUGAGAUUGCUUCACAGAAGGACUGCGAGACGGCGCUUUCGUUCGAUGGGCGUCACAUGGGGGGUAGGAUGAUCCGUAUCAUCACUGCAUCAAAGAAAGAUUUGAUUGCACUCCAAGAGAAAGAAAAGAAGAACACUCCUGACAAAACCUUGCCUGUUAAAAAUCAAAAAGACUCACCAAAGACUCCAGUCAAAACAGAACCAAAAACAACGCCAGCCACUAAAACUGAUGCUCAGCAACCUGCAAGCAAAGGUCAAGACCAGAAGACACCUGAGAAAAAACUUGGCCCUGCUGGUGAAACAAAGAAAAAUGAGACGGUAACUGGACGCAACACCCGGUAUUAUUGUGUCAGUCUCAAAGGUCUCCCCUUUGCUGUAACUCUUAACGAGAUUAAAGAAUUCUUCCAGGGUCUAAAUAUUGCACCUCGUGGUAUACAGAUUGUCUAUGGAAAAGACGGUCGUACUACAGGUCAGGCAUUUGUUGAGUUUGUGACGAGCAUUGAUUGCGAAAAGGCCCUGUCACGUGAUAAGCGGUACAUAGGGAAGCGUUACGUUAACGUCCAGGCUAUCACAAAGGCUGACAUGAUAGAUCAUUUAAAACAGGCACGACAAGGUAACAUGCCAAACAACAUGGACCCUUCAGGGCCACCAUUCAUGAUGCCUGGUGGUAAACAAUACCAUUACUUAAGAGGAGAGAACUUCCCCCCGUCAGUUUCAAUUGGGGAAAUUCUUAACUUCUUCCGAGGCUAUUAUCCGGUGCCUGAGUCUAUUCGACUCCACUACGCCGAAGAUAACCGACCAACUGGUAAUUCCCUGAUUGGGUUUAUCACCCUGGAUGAGGCCCUGAAGGCCAUGGAAGAUUUGAACAGAAAGCCCUGCCGGAAAAACAUAGUUACAUUGCGUAUGGCAUAA